AUGCGCGACCUGUCGAUCUUCGAGCGCUCGAACCGUGGCAAGUCGGGCAGCCUAUGCGGGCUGGAGGAGGUGCUCAGCUGCCUGCCGCACCUCGAGUUCGACGACGAGGAGUUGUCCCAGUACCGCGGGCUCGGCUGGUGCGACUUCGUCUCGCACGCGGGUUCGCGGCUGGGCGCCAACAUGCGCAGCGCACGCGACGAGUCGUGUAGCUCGAGCGUGGAGUCGCUGGUGCUGCCAUCUCCCGGCCCACCGUCGCAGCACGCAUCGCCGCUGGCGCAGCGGCGCGGCCACCGCAGCAAGCUGGUGCGCGCGCAGAGCGAGAAGAGCUUCGAGCGGCGGCUGGCAGGGGCGCGCUCGGCAUGGCAGGGCCUGGAGCAGACACUGCCGAUCUGCGCGUCCCCGCUGGAGAGCGCCAUCAGCGAGAAGGACCUCCUCGUGUCUCCCGUGUCCACGACCAGCAAGGCCGAGUGCAAGCGGCGGGAGGCCGUUUGGGACUUGUUCCAGAGCGAGUGCGCCUUUCUUUACGACCACUUGAUGGUGCUCAAGAAUGUUUUUAUGGAACCUUUGAAAAAAAUACAGGUAGAAGGCUUUGCAAUGUUUGCCGAGCCUGAACUACUCUUUGGUAACUUGGAUGAACUAUGCUGUGUGACCUAUGAAUUCUGCAAAGAAUUUAUCAGACUUCUAAUUGAGAAUGUUACUAUAAAUGGAGAGUUGCCAACAAUUGAUGUUCUUGUAAAAUUAUUUCAAAAGAGCUCCGAGGGUAAUUCCAUGUCGCAAGCAUAUCACUGCUAUGCUUUAAACUACAUAAAUGCACUUAAUUACUUGGACACUUUAAGGCGGCAUCAAGAAUUCUGCGAAUUUGAAAAGUGGUGCAACCGAGACCCUCGUUGCAAAAAGCUACAACUCACGGACCUUCUUGUAGCGCCAGUUCAACACAUAAUGAAGGUGCCUCUUAUUUUGAAAGAAGUGGAGUCUCGCACAGAGGAACCUAAAGAAAGAGAACUCAUAAUGCAAAUAUUAGAAGUCGAAGAAAAUUCUAUACGAGAACUGGAUGACAAAAUGAAGUGGCUCAAAAACUUUGAACGUUUGCUUGAAAUUCAGCGCAACAUUGUGUGGCCAACUGUGUUCGACUUGGACCCAAAAAUAUAUGUGCCUGAAUUUUUGAAACCUGCUCUCAUGCGACAGCCUUGUGACAGAAUCAUAGUGAGUCCUCGCCGACAGAUAAUCAUCGAGGGGCAGUUGCAGAUUUGGGACACAGGGAAGGCUCAAGAUAUGUACGUGGUGCUCUUUGAUGACAUGCUGUUGAUUACGAGGCGGAAAAAGGGUUUGUCGAAAAAGAAAUCCACUUUGUCGGAGAACUGGCCAAGUUCGUGCAGUCGAGGUUCUACCAACUCGAGUGAAUCAUCCAUGCGUUACGUGGUUUACAAGCAGCCUCUCUCUCUGGACCGCUUCUUCAUCCACGACGUGAGCGUGGCUGAGUGCGCCAGUUGUCGCUUAGAGUCAGCGUUCGUGCUGGUCAGUCUGAACCGGUUUCAGCAAGUUAUCACCAUACACACUUUCCAGACCCCCUCCGAGCAAGUUAAGGUAAGAAAACGUUUGAAAUACGUGUAUACAUGA